AUGGCUCCCUGCUGUCCUUUGGGAAACCCCUCCUGGUACCGGCACCGCAGAGGAAUCCUCCAGCUGGCCGGGGUGAUCCAUUGCACCACCGGGCGCACUGCCCUCGCCUACAUACGCUAUGGGUGCUACUGCGGCUGGGGAGGGAGCGGCUGGCCCAGGGAUCAAGUCGACUGGUGCUGCUUCAGGCAUGACUGCUGCUACGGGAAAGCUGAGAAGGAGCUCUGUGCCCCCAAGACGCAGAGGUACGCCUGGGAGUGCAAGGACAGCAAGGCCAAAUGCGACGACAUCGAGGACAAAUGCCAAAAGAUGGCUUGUGAAUGUGACCGCGACGCAGCCAAGUGCCUGGCAAAAGCCCCCUACAACGUGACGUACUUGUUCUGGCCAGACACGCUGUGUGGAAAGGGGAGCCCCAAGUGCCAAGGAGACUGA